CUUCCGACCAUCAUGGCUCCGAUCGUAUACUAUGGCGCAGUCGUCAACCCCGUCGAUCUGAGGACUGCCCAGACACUUUCUCGCUGUCUCCUAGCCGUUGCAGAGACGGGUCUUAUUGAUUGGAUAGAAGACGAUGUGCAAGACUCAAUGGUGCAGCAAGUCAUGGCCAAGCAUGGCUAUAUCGACAUCGAAGUUGUCCCCUUGCGGCUUGGCGAAUUCCUAGUUCCGGGUUUCAUCGAUACACACACGCAUGCACCGCAAGUACCAAACAUGGGGAGGGUAAGCAAGCCGCCUCGUCGUACCGAACGCUUCCUCACUCACGUCAGUGGUCAGCAGUAUGAACUCCUCGACUGGCUAGAGAAGAUAACGUUUCCUAUGGAGUCCAAGUUCGGCGAUCCGGAGUUCGCUCGUCGAACCUACUCUUCUGUCGUACGACGCAUUAUAGAUUCAGGAACCACGACAUGCUGCUAUUUUGGCACGAUCCACCUUGAAGGCACCAAGGUGCUUGCCAACAUUGUCCAUUCUCUGGGACAACGAGCAUUUGUGGGGAAAUGCAACAUGGACAGUAACUCCCCCGAUCACUAUAUAGAACCGACCGUUGAGGCCUCUAUUUCUGCAACCAAGUCUCUCGUCGCUCAUAUCGAACGGUUGCCGACUUUUGGGACCGAGAGACUUGUCCACCCUAUCUUAACUCCCCGCUUCGCCAUUACAUGUUCCAGCCCUCUGCUGAAAGAACUUGGAAAAUUGGCCUCCGCCGACUCUUCCUUGCGUAUUCAGACGCAUGUGUCCGAAAACCCAAGCGAGGUCACGUUCACUCGUUCUCUGUUCCCGCAAAACGCGUCAUAUACGGACAUAUACGCGUCGCAUGGGCUUUUAAGAUCCAAUACUAUCCUGGCCCAUGCAAUCCACCUAACUGAAGACGAAAUCAGUCUUGUUGAAUCUUCUGGCGCUGGAAUUUCCCAUUGUCCGACAAGUAACUUCCAUCUUAAGAGUGGCGUUGCGCCAAUUGGGAGGUAUUUAGAUCAUGGAAUCAAGGUGGGACUAGGGACAGAUGUGUCUGGUGGCUAUUCUCCAUCCAUCAUAAAUGCAAUUCAGAAUGCGAGCAUCGCUUCUAAGGUUAUUGCUAUGGAACACAGAGACGAAGAGCAGCACUCUGGAUCCCUUAAGGGUUUCCAGAAUAAACAGCUUUCGAUGGAGACUCUACUCUAUCUUGCUACACUUGGAGGAGCUGCCGUUUGUGAUCUGGACAAGUCCAUCGGGUCCUUUACUCCUGGUAAAAGCUUCGAUGCUUUACUUGUCAGCGUUACAGUCUCUCACUCUCGAGUUGGGUGUUUCGACACACGAGAAAGUUUUGUUAUGGCGUCCGACGACGAGUUUUCCGACUUGACCGACCUUGAUGAACUAGAAGAUGAAUACAACGAGCCUGCCAAGAAGUCUGCGAAACGGAAGGGCAAGUCGAAGGCUACAGAAGGGGACUAUCGCAUCCGCCAUUCUCUGAAAACGCCACGAGCAACGACAUACUCGACAGAGAGUCUUUUCAAGCAGAUAGAUAACGGGGACAUCGACCUCGACCCUGACUACCAGCGUGAAGUGGUUUGGUCUGAAACUAAGCAGAUCAAGAUAAUUGACUCGAUCUUUCGCAACUACUACGUGCCUCCCGUUAUAUUUGCGGUGAGCGCGAUUGAGGAUGGGACAGAAACAAGGACAUGCAUCGAUGGGAAACAGCGUUUAACAUCCAUACAUCGUUUCAUGCAAGGGCUGAUUCCUCACCGGGACUCCCACACAAAUGAGAAAUAUUGGUAUACAGACAAUCCCGAAAACCAAACGCGCAGUAAAAAAAUGCUGCCCGAGAAGUACAAGCGGCUAUUCGACAACAAGGCGGUUGUUUGCGUCGAAUACUCGGAUUUGAAGGAGGAGGACGAGCGCGAAAUUUUCACCCGCGUUCAACUUGGUGUCGCCCUCACACCCGCUGAGAAACUCAAAGUGGUCUCCACUCCUCGCGCCAACUUUGUUCGUGAGAUCCAGGAAGCAUACCUCAACAACGACGAGUCCCCUCUUAGCGGUGGCCAGCUUGCAUGGAACCGUUCUCGUGGAUCUGAUUUUCGCUGUUUGGCGCAAAUGCUCCAAUCCAUCGACGGCAACUUCAAGCAGUCCAGUUUCUCAACCCUCGAGAAAUGGAUUUCGGAACCUACCCCGCUGGAAAAAAGUUUCACAACAGCCAUUGAGAACACGUUUGCUGUAUACGAGGCUGUCAGCGUUCAGGAAGAUGUUUUGCAGAAGAUUGCCCCCAUUGAGUUCAUUGCUGUUGGCCUGCUGCUCUACAAAUUCCGUGGCAGCUUAACAGUCUCUGGUUUGGCAAAGGCGAUCAAGUCCAUGCGGCAGGAGUUGCGGAAAAUUACUAACGACAUUCGUAACAACAGCCGACUGCAAAAAGCCAUCCUGACAUUCAUCGAGAAAUAUAAAGUCCCACCAUUGUCACUAGGAGAAAGUUGCGCGGGCGAUGCGGUGAAACAAACGCGGUCAAAACCAGGCGCUAGCAAAACUGCAGCGAAGAAACUAGCCGGAACAAAGCGCAAGGCAGACGAUAAUGAAGAGGACUCAGACGAUGACUACGUCCCAGCCCAAAAGGCGAAAGCGACUAAGCCAAAGCCUACACCUUCACCACGCAAGCGUCCAAAUGUAACAACUACAACCGCUGCCCCGAUUCUUCCAUCAGCGGUUCCUCCACCUUCUCCCCCAGCCACUGCCAGUCCACCUGCAGAUGAUGACAUAUUCCGGAUGGCCAAAGAGCGCAUCGACGCAGCACGGGCAGCUGCAAAGCAACCCACGGCCCCACAUCCAACAUCCCUUGGUCUGAGUCCCAUCGUUCCACCACGUAUUCCGUCGCAACACGGAGCAGAAGGUCUCGCAGCAGCACUGGAGGCAAACUUGAUGAAUAAUGCUGCAAGUAAUUGGAAUCCAAAUGGGACGUAUGUUAAGACGGAACUGGGUGCUCCGCCUCUAUCGAGUGGGAGCAAUGGAAGCUAUUCCAGACAGGAUCCCAAUGCGUGGUAUCCAAAACCUGGCUAUGGCACUCAUGACCGAGAGCGAAACCUUUCGCGUGAUCGAAGAGACGAUUACGAUAGAAACAAUGGUGGCAGGCACAGUAGUCGUGACUAUAGUGGACGGCGAUACUGA